AUGGGUUGGCUUAUCUUCGACGGUAUUAGUGUAUUGUACGUGCUCACAUUAUGUUUGUUGAUGAUAAUAAUAAUGGCCAUUUUUGCACAACGACAAAUCCUUCGGUUACGCAAUAACAGUGCAAGGCAACGACCAAACGUCUCGCUAAAACCCAUAGCAAAGAAAUCAUGUUUUGGUAUCGAACAAAAAUUGUCUGCGGUGGAAACGGUUCGAAAAUCAUACCUGCCCCGGCUAACGGAUUGUACGAUGAUCGGCCAGCACAGCAACGCACCAUAUGUUCAUCGCAUGAUCGCCGUCGAUGAGAUUUCGUUGGAAAUCGACUCUCAGUUGGCUCGGAUUGACCCAGAACUGGCUAGACAAGCUGGCGAGUCGACGUUGGCAUAUCUGACGCGAGUACGAAAGAAAAUGCCUUCACUUCCGGUCCCACUCUCAUACCGCAUCGCUUAUAUGCACGAAGCGGCUCGAUUCAGGCCACAGAGGUUCGAACUUAAGCAUCUCAUGGAGUUGCGGUCGCUGCUGAACCAGUUCGUGAAGAUAAUAGCUGAGGCGCCAGUUGUGGAUGCUGCAACGCCGGCAACCCCUGCCAAGGGGAUUCUUCAUCACUUAGGCCAGAAAGCUCUGCCCAACAGAAAGAGGCGACCGAAAUUUGGCGGAAGUGACGGCGGUCGUCUACUUGCUGGCUGUAUUAACGAAGAACAAGUAUCAUUGUUGCCAGCCGGCAGCCAUGUCCAACAACUACGACGACAAAGCGAUUCGCAUCGAAGUCUCGUAGAAUAA